AUGGAACCCGCUUCUCUCACUAGCUCUUCCUCUCUUACUAAAUUCCCUUACCGUCGCGGUUUAGCCACUCUCCGACUCGCUCGAGUCAACUCGCUCUCAAUCCUUACACCUAAGACUCUUCUCCUCCACCAUCGAAAACCCCUCCCUCGUCCGAUCUCUGCCUCGCUUAGUCUCCCGCGUCAAUCGAUUCGUCUACGCGCAGUUGAAGAUCAUCAUCAUCAUGACACUGAGCAAGAGCAUCAUCAUCACAAUCAUCACCACCACGGAUGCUGCUCAGUGGAAUUGAAAGCGGAGAGUAAGCCUCAGAAAGCAUUGUUCGGAUUCGCUAAAGCCAUCGGAUGGGUUCGAUUAGCAAGUUUCCUCAGGGAGCAUCUUCAUCUCUGCUGCUCCUCCGCCGCACUCUUCAUCGCUGCCGCCGCCUGCCCUUACUUCGCUCCUAAACCUUACGUUAAGUCUCUUCAGAACGCGUUCAUGAUUGUUGGCUUCCCUCUCGUCGGAGUUUCAGCAUCUCUCGACGCGCUUAUGGAUAUAGCUGGAGGGAAAGUGAACAUCCAUGUGUUGAUGGCACUUGCUGCUUUUGCUUCUGUGUUUAUGGGCAAUGCUCUUGAAGGAGGAUUGCUUCUUGCCAUGUUCAAUCUUGCUCAUAUCGCGGAGGAGUUUUUCACUAGUCGGUCAAUGGUUGAUGUUAAGGAAUUGAAAGAGAGUAAUCCCGAUUCUGCACUGUUAAUUGAAGUGAAAAAUGGAAAGGUUCCAAACAUUUCUGAUUUGUCAUACAAAAGCGUUCCGGUGCACAGUGUAGAAGUUGGAUCCUAUAUCUUGGUUGGAACUGGUGAGAUUGUUCCUGUAGAUUGCGAAGUCUAUCAAGGUAGUGCUACCAUAACUAUUGAGCACUUGACUGGGGAAGUCAAACCAUUGGAGGCCAAAGCUGGAGAUAGAGUGCCAGGUGGUGCAAGAAAUUUGGAUGGCAGAAUGAUCGUGAAGGCCACGAAGGCAUGGAAUGAGUCUACUCUAAACAGGAUUGUACAGCUGACAGAGGAAGCACACUCUAAUAAACCCAAACUUCAAAGAUGGCUGGAUGAGUUUGGGGAGAAUUACAGCAAAGUGGUGGUUGUUUUGUCUCUUGCUAUUGCCUUCCUUGGUCCAUUUUUGUUCAAGUGGCCUUUUCUCAGCACCACAGCAUGCAGAGGAUCUGUCUACAGAGCAUUGGGACUUAUGGUGGCCGCAUCACCAUGUGCUUUGGCUGUUGCUCCGUUGGCUUACGCUACUGCUAUUAGUUCUUGUGCGAAAAAGGGAAUAUUGCUCAAAGGUGCACAAGUUCUAGAUGCCCUCGCUUCUUGCCACACUGUUGCUUUUGACAAAACGGGGACCUUAACAACCGGCGGUCUUACUUGCAAAGCAAUUGAACCCAUUUAUGGUCACCACGGAGGUAAUAAUCAAAGCGUAAUAACUUGCUGCGUCCCAAACUGUGAAAAAGAAGCUCUUGCCGUAGCGGCUGCUAUGGAGAAGGGCACCACACAUCCUAUUGGAAGAGCUGUGGUAGACCACAGUGUGGGGAAAGACCUCCCUUCUAUUUUUGUUGAAAGCUUCGAAUAUUUUCCUGGCAGAGGCCUUACUGCUACCGUAAACGGUGUUGAGUCAGUAGCUGAAGAGAGUAGAUUACGAAAAGCAUCACUUGGUUCUAUAGAGUUCAUUACCUCACUCUUCAAAUCAGAAGAUGAGUCUAAACAGAUCAAGGAUGCUGUUAACGCUUCUUUGUACGGAAAGGAUUUCGUUCAUGCUGCUCUUUCUGUUGAUCACAAGGUAACAUUGAUUCACCUCGAAGAUCAGCCACGUCCAGGUGUAUCAGGAGUAAUAGCAGAACUUAAAAGCUGGGCCCAACUUCGAGUAAUGAUGUUAACUGGGGACCAUGAUUCAAGUGCUUGGAGAGUUGCAAAUGCAGUGGGUAUUAGCGAAGUCUACUGUAACCUAAAGCCCGAGGAUAAGCUAAACCAUGUAAAGAACAUCGCUCGAGAUGCAGGUGGAGGUUUAAUUAUGGUAGGAGAAGGAAUUAAUGAUGGUCCAGCUCUAGCAGCUGCAACAGUCGGCAUUGUUCUUGCUCAACGUGCGAGUGCCACCGCGAUUGCUGUUGCUGACAUCUUACUGCUUCGGGACAACAUCACCGGUGUUCCCUUCUGUGUCGCUAAAUCUCGUCAGACAACAUCAUUGGUCAAGCAAAACGUGGCCCUUGCCUUGACGUCGAUAUUCUUGGCCGCUCUUCCCUCAGUUUUAGGGUUUCUUCCACUGUGGUUAACGGUACUUCUACAUGAAGGUGGGACUCUUCUCGUGUGCCUUAACUCAGUACGUGGCCUGAACGAUCCAUCAUGGUCGUGGAAACAAGACAUAGCUCAUCUAAUAAACAAGUUAAGCUCACAAGAAUCCAUCAGUAGCAACAACAAUUUAAGCUCUGUAGAGACUGCAUAUUAG